UUACACACCAAUUUUGUUCAUGAGAGGUCUGACUCCGAAAUCAAUUGGAAGAAAACAAGGUCGAAAACGGAAAAAGUAUAUAAACAGCAAAGCCACAGGUGGAAUAAUUGAUUCAACGAUUAAAAGGAUCAUCAUCGUAAUUAAUAUUUUCGUGAACUAUGGAUAAACCCUCGGAGCCUAAAUUGUUUCAAUGUUCGUUUGAAGGUUGUGAUGCUUCUUUCGUCAGACCCUACAAAUUAAAUCGACACAUCAGAAUUCAUAAAGGAGAGCGACCUUAUAUUUGCGACAUUGGAGGGUGUGACAAAUCAUUUACGUGCAAGUUUUAUCUGGCCAAACACAAGAAGAGACCUCAUGGUAACAUUGACAUGGAAACUGGUUGCCCACUUGUUAUCAGGGAGAAAAGGUAUAAUUGUGUUGAUUGUUUGAAAGAAUUUAAAAGCAAAUUUCUUCUCAAAACCCACCGAGCUGAGCAUACCGGAGAAAAGCCCUUUAAAUGUGACCAAUGCGAGGCCAGUUUUGCGAUGCGAUCUCGCCUUAAACGACAUAAAGCUCAUCACGCUGGUUCCUGCGAUCAACCUGAUUGCUCGCAAAUCUUUGAGAAGCACAACCAACUUCGUAAACACAUCGCAACCGACCACAAGCAAAUCAACAAGUGUCAUAUCUGUGAUAAAAUUUUCACCAAAAAAUGUAACCUUAAAGAUCACAUUAAGGCUCAUAAAUUCAACUGCGAAAUCGAGGGAUGCAUCAAAUCUUUCGUUCGUAAAUGUCAACUCAAGGAGCACCUUGAUACAGAUCAUAUUCUGCCGAAAGAAAGUUACAAUUGCCCCGAUUGUGGUACUAAAUUUGACGAUCAAUUAAUCCUUGCUCAACAUGUAAAGUGUCAUGCAAACGUCGACUCAGAGAGUCCCGUUAUUGCAUCCAAGAAAGUGAUCUUCCCGUAUCGUAAAAGUUUGGCUCAAGAAUUGUCCGGUUUCGAGGCCGAUGAGAAAGAUCUUAGUGAUAUUUUCACUCGAGAUAAAAAUUUCCGUAAACAAGGAUUGAUAAUUUAAUUUAUUUAUAGAAACUCAGUUAAUUGGAAUGGAUAUUUUGUUUGUUUAUUAUUUCAACCUGUUGAUUUUUAUCAAUUGUAAUCAAAUUGCUCUACUUUUUUUCAAUUUGAGCUGCAAAUUGAAGACAGAAAAUUGUUUUUU